AGGUUUUGGAAAGAACAAUAAUCUUAUUGAAGGGCUCAUAGAACGAGCAAAGAACCAGAUCGAGAAACUAUGUACAAUGAAAACUUUAUUGCCGCAUGCUUUUGACAGAUACGACGCUAAAAAUCAUUUCAAUGACUCCAAGGGCUUCAUUGCCCAAGGACUACUGCCCAAGCUUACAGAGGACCACUACAGAGUUUUCGUGUUUCGCUUUCUCAGUAAUAUUGUAACGUCGAAGAUAUUAACAGACUGCUACAAAAAUGGAGUUUUGGUCUGUGAGUACAUUAAAGCACACGAUUAUUGCAAUGGAUUUAUUGGUAUACUCGACUUUAGAAACGUUUCGCUAAAAGAAUUAAUUCCUGCUAUUAACAUGUUUGAAAUAACUGAAAUGUGUACCAUUCUCACUCUUGGGUACUCAACUAGAAUUAAGGGAAUUCACAUAAUAACAUCUAAUAGUAAGCUGAAUGGUGUGAUAAUUGGGAUGUUCAAACCAGUAUUUGGAGCUAAAAUUAGCAAUAGGAUCUUUGUACACAACGAUUUGGAAUCACUUCACAAGCACGUUUUAAGGGACAUUCUUCCUGUUGAAUUAGGUGGUUCAGAAAGAUCUAUAGUUACUUUGCACGAUCAAUGGACUGAGGUAUUCACAUCGAAAGAAAACUUGGAAUAUUUUAAAAAAGUUUACAAAAAUGGGACAAAUGAAAAAUUAAGACCGCAAGGACAGUUCAAUGAAAUGUACAUGGGAAUGACCGGGUCGUUCAGAAAUAUACAUGUGGAUUGAAAAGUGAUUAAUUUAGUACAGUUAGUAGGCUUCGAGGGUUCAGCUUUUUUUUUAAAUAUUAAUAAACUAAUAUCGACGAUGGAAUGGUUACUUGAUCCAAGUGAUAUUUUGUGAAUGUUGAAGGAGAGACGUAUUAGGUUUUUUUUUCUUUCAUAAAACUUGUUACAAAUAACUUAGUAGAUUUUGAUCUAAUUAAUACAUAUCCAUAGGCGCAUACGAAUAAGUGUAAGCUUUCGUAUUUGUUUAAAAAAAUUAGUUUUUUAAUUUAUGCCACUUGGACCAAAAUGUAAUUUUGUCUACAAUAAAUCAAAGUGAUUUAAUUGCACAUAUUGUGGUAAGCGAUUUCUGUAGGUAAAUUCAUUGCAACUCCGAUAUUGAUUUGAGUUGGAGUGCUCAAGUUAUAUAUAUAAUAUUGAUUGAUUGAUAUUAUGCCAUUCAUUGUAUGAAUUCACUUAUUACUCACAAGAAACUAGUUUUGCUGUGCGAAUUAAAUAAAAUAAAAACUUAAGUGUUUAUUUCUACAAAACGUAAAUAAAAACAGUACUUAAUACCAAAAGAA